AUGUCUCUUGAUGAUAAUCACUAUUCUGUUGUUUUAGCAAGCGCCAAAGUAAUUCAGUGCAUAUUGAGCUGUGAUAUAAUUCAGAAUUACUUUGAUCUUUCGAAGAAAACAGCAAUAAACAUGAAGGAUACCCAUACUGCUCCUAUAUUUCGAAGUAAACCAGAGAUUGACGUUGGUUUUCUUCAUGGGGGAUUUUGGAAGUAUAGUGCAAAACCUUCAAAUAUUCUUCUUCAUGGUGAUGAUACUAUGGAAGAUGAAACUGGAGGGAAGCAUACAAUUCAGGAUGAUAUUGUAGUUGCUGGACAAGAUUUUGCUGCCGGUUUGGUUAGGAUGGGAAUCCUUCCAAGGAUUCGAUAUCUUUUGGAGAUAGAACCAACAGCACCUUUGGAAGAAUGCAUGGUUUCAGUCCUAGUUGCAAUAGCAAGGCAUUCCCCAAUGGGUGCGAACGCAAUAAUGAAGUGCCAAAGACUAGUCCAAACUAUUGUUCACCGAUUCACCGCAAAUAGCAGCACGGAGGUUUAUCCGGCUAAGGUUAAAUCUGUUUGCCUUUUGAAGGUCCUAGCACAAUCUGACCGGAAGAACUGUGUGGAGUUCAUAGAGAAUGGAAUUUUCCAGGCUAUGACAUGCCAAUUGUACUCUCUGGAACAAUGGUUGAAAUUGGGAAGAGAAAAUUGUAAACUUUCAUCUGCGUUAAUGGUUGAACAACUACGUUUUUGGAAGGUCUGCAUUCAGUAUGGAUAUUGUGUAUCAUACUUCUCCACCGUUUUUCCUGCCUUGUCCUUGUGGUUGAAUCCCCCUGUAAUUGAAAAACUGGUUGAGAAUAAUGUUUUAAGUGAAUUUGCUUCCAUCUCUGAGGAGGCGUACCUUAUUCUAGAAUCCUUGGCCAGAACACUUCCAAAUUUUUAUUCACACAAGAUUCUAAGUGAUAGCAUACCUGAGAGAGCCGAUGAUAAUGUGGAAACCUGGUCUUGGAUCCAUGUUGGACCAAUGGUUGAUUUAGCUGUUAAAUGGAUAUCAGUUAAGUCUGUAUUGAUUGAUUCUCAUGAUGGAAUAAUGGGGAACUCUGUUCUCCAAGAUAAAUCUUCCUCUCCCUUAUUGUGGGUGUACUCAGCUGUCAUGCACAUGCUUUCCAGAGUGCUUGAAAAAGUGAUCCCUGAGGAUGCCAUGGACCUUCAAGAAGGUGGUGGUCACGUGCCAUGGUUGCCAGAUUUUGUUCCUAAGGUUGGACUUGAAAUUAUUAGAAAUGGUUUUUUGAGCUUUACUCGUGUGAACAGUGCAGAAUAUGGAACUAACCUGGCUGCAGGUAGUUCUUUUAUUGAGCAACUCUGUUCUUUAAGGAAGCAAAGUGAAUUCGAAACAUCAUUUGCUUCUCUAUGUUGCCUUCAUGGCUUCUUCAAGGUUUGUAUAUACAUUAACAAUUUGAUCCAGUUAACCAAGACUAUGGUCUAUAAUCCUUCUCAAGAACGCUGUUUAUCACAUGAAGAGAACAUACUUGCAAAGGGGAUACUGGUAGAAUCUUUGUUUGAAUUGAGAUGUGUUUUUGAUAUUUUCUCGAAGUUAGUAGCAUCAGAGUGGCACUUUGUGCAGUCAAUUGAGAUUUUUGGUAGAGGAGGCCCUGCUCCUGGUGUGGGGUUUGGAUGGGGUGCCUCUGGUGGAGGAUUUUGGUUGAAAAUUGUUUUAUUGGCACAAACAGAUGCAUGGUUGCUCAGUCAGUUGCUUGAAAUCUUCCAGAUUAUCUUUACAGGAGUUUUAUCCUUGGAUGAACAGAGGACCUUUACCAGGGAAAUAAUCCUUUCUGCUUUAGGAUUAUGUUUAAUUGCUGGACCAAGAGACAAGGUCGUUGUGGAGAAAGCGUUGGAUGUUAUGCUUCAAGUACCUGUUCUAAAGUACCUUAGUCUUUGCAUUCAACGUUUUAUCCAGGAUAAGGGGAGUAUAAAAUCAUAUGGGUGGGAAUAUAAAGAAGAAGACUAUAUGCACGUAAGUGAGAUAUUAGCUUCUCACUUCAGAAAUAGAUGGUUGUCUAAUAAGAGAAAAUUGAAAGGCUCGAGUGUUGAUAGAACAUCAAGGGAUAGUGUUCCUCUGGAAACCAUACCAGAGGACCUAGACACAUCAAAGAUGAGUCAAGAUCAUAACUGCACUUCAUUGAUGUCGGAAUGGGCCCACCAGAGACUACCGCUUCCCAUGCACUGGUUUCUUAGUCCAGUAUCAACUUUAUGUGCUAGCAAACAUGCUGGACUCGGAAAGGCCUCUGAUAUACAAAAUAUUCUGCAGGACCCUGGUCAUAUAGUUGAAGUUUCUAGAGCUGGAAUGUUUUUCCUUCUUGGUUUGGAAGCCUGGUCCACUUUCUUGCCUACAGAUGUUGUCUCACCCAUCCAGAGUGUUCCGGUAUCUGGAAACUGCAUUCAUUAUCCAUCAUAUUACUCGUUGGAAUGGCCAUUCUCGAAGAUGAGAAGACUAGGGACGUUUAUGAGUCUUUGCAAGAGCUAUAUGGACAACAUCUUGACGAGAAAAGGUCUAAGGGAAGACGUGAAACUACUUCAGAUAUGUCUACCAUAUGGUGCUGUAUCUUUUGGUGAUUUGACCUAUGGUCGGCAAGUUGCAGUAUAUUUACACCGUUGUGUCGAAGCUCCUGUGCGACUUGCUGCUUGGAAUGCAUUAUCUAAUUCUCGUGUUCUUGAACUUCUUCCGCCAUUGCAGAAAUGCUUGGGAGAGGCUGAAGGAUACCUUGAACCUGUUGAGGAGAACGAAGCAAUUUUGGAGGCCUAUUUGAAGUCAUGGGUAUCUGGUGCCCUUGACAAAGCUACAACUCGAGGAUCAGUUGCAUUCACAUUAGCUCUGCAUCACCUCUCAUCUUUUGUUUUUAUCUCUAACAAAAGUGACAAGCUGUUGCUACGGAAUAAGCUUGUGAAGUCCCUACUGCGAGACUACGCCAGGAAGAAGAACCACGAGGGAAUGAUGCUGCGGUUCAUCGGAUAUACGAAGCCAUCGAAUGUUCCGAUACAGAGGAGUGAUGUAGAGGAGAGGUUGGAAAGGCUGAGGGAAGCUUGCGAUUGAAAUCACUCUCUUCUGAGAGAAGUUGAGAAACUCAAGUCUUGUAUGAAAGAAUAUCCAUUAAAU